AUGUCCACGAACACCUGCGGCCUUCGAGAAGCCCUUCUGAGUUUGACCUUCAAAGCUGGAAGCAUUGUGGAUGAUGCGGGUGCCGUGGCUGGCGCUACCUCAGUCAGCACGCAAGCACUCUGGGAUUUCCCGAAGCUCACGUUCGAGCAGCUGCGACAGGUGGAGGAUGUUUUCUUUGAAGAGAAGCAGCGUGCGCAUGUCCUGAAGAUUGCCGCGACCAGCAAAUUGCCCGAUGGUUCAGUGAUCCUGCAAUCCGCAGACUCCACCGUCCGUGUGACACCUGAGGGAGCUGCCUAUUGGAGCCAGGGCUCGGCUGAGGUCUUCUUGAGCGACAUGGAGGCGUUGAGGAGCCUUCCAG